AUGCGAGCUCUUCAGGUUUUGAGCGCAUUCUUGAUGCUGAUUGCGCUCAAUGCAGGGGCUACAGAAGCUACUACGUGUGCUGACAGGGUGUCGACCGGUGACCAAAGUCUUGGGAUUAGCGCAGUGGCUGACGCUUCCUGCACGGCUGGCGGCCUAGGCUGCUUCCCGUACGGAGACCAAUGUCGUUUCUGCAGGACGUCUGAAUCCAGCGAGGCCACGCAUCUGGAGCUGUGCUCUGAGAUCCAAGCCUCCGAAACAGAAUCGACUCAGAAAACCGAGUCUACGACGAAGACUACACCUCCGCAGGAAUCGACAGUUAAUUGUCUGUCGCUCGUUUCGGUUGGCGACCAAGGUGUCGGCAUCUCAGCUAUAGCAGCUACGAAUCCAACGUGUGCAGCUAACGGGUUGGGUUGCUUUCAGAGCGGACAGUGCCGGUUCUGCCAGACGAGAGCGACCGCGCAGAGCGCGCCGUUCCUCAAGUGCUCCGACGUUGGCGGGACCAGUACGACACCGACAAGCUCACCGACAUCCGCCCCUGUGAACACCCCGUCACCUACCGUAGCCUCGACUAGCACCACCUGCUCUUCGGUUGUGUCGAGAUCUGGACUAGAAGGCAUUUCGUACGUCUCGGAGAGCCGCUGCAACGUCGCUUCUCCGACACUUGUGGGCUGCUCGGCUCGGACUUCGUGCCGUCUGUGCCGCAACUUCAAGAACGAAGCCAACCAGUAUCUCAUUAGCUGCAAAGUGCUGAAAGAUCAAGGGGCUACUGAAAGCGCGGAGGCCACUUCUUCAUCUACUGGGACGGGCCAAACGGAAUCGGUCGCUACGAAAGAGUCCCAAGAGGAUACGCUCUCUCAGAGCUCCGGCAGUCUCACUGUGACGACGUAUACGGGUGAUCCGAACCCUGCAUCGAUCACUACCCCUAUUGGAGCCGUUGCUGCGGUUGUAGCGCUUAUUGUGGUGGCUAUGAUGAGCAUCAUUUACGUUAAGGGCCGCCGUGAUGCCGACGACGAGCCCAUGACCCCGAAAGAUUGUUCAGAUGGAGAUCUCUUGACCCCCCACAGUAACAAUGGCUACACGCCGCGUGAAGGUUCACUCGUGAUGGUAGUGAGUCAGUCGUCGAUUGCCACUCUUUGA